AUGGUUCGCGAAAGAGCACGUGCAGGGAGAGGAAGAGGAAGAGGACGUGGUUGUAAUGGGCUUAAUUUGGUUGAGCCUGCAUCUGAUUCAGCAAGCACUAAUAACAGUGGUCAGGCGUCAGUGCAUGGAGUGGAUCCUGAAGUGCUGAGGAACCUCGUCAUGGACUCACUCAAAGAGAUAUUGGGGCAAGCACCAGGGAUCCGAUGGCUACAGACAAUUGGAGGAAACAAUUGGAAAGGAACUUCAGUACGGUUCGUUAUCCGUUAG